CGCCUCCAUACUCUAUCUCACCAAUUCAUUCCCCCAUUCUUCUCUGCUCUUUACUCAGUAACCAAAACACCCUUACUCAUAUCCCUUUAGUCCCAUAAACCUAUACCCUUCCUACUCAUGGACACACCGUUCCCCGUAGAAGAACCCGUCACAACCGAUGACCUCCCCCGGCGUCGCAGAGGCCUCUCGCUCACCGGGUUGACCACCAAGCUCCUCCAGAAAGCCACGCAGCAGGUAGACUUUGAAGCCGGAAAUCCGUUGCGGACGUCCGAACCGCGCAGGCCCGCGGAGAAAUCUCCGAAACUCUCCAAAUCGCCGCCGCCUAACACGCCCGAACCGGUUUUCUGGAAGUACCACGUGCUACACUACGGAAAAGACUUGUAUCUCUCUACCAACCCCGGCCUCAACCACGUUUAUUGCCGCAAUGCCCCCGGAUAUUACGUCGAGGUGCUCUUUCCCGACCCUGACCCAAUGUCACGCAUGGAGCGCCGUUCCAAGGCCGGCUACCGCUUGAUCUUCAGAAAUAUGGACAGCGAUGAGGUUGUGGUGACGGUUACCAGGACACCAGCCGUCAGCGGCGGCACAUUUAUCGUUGAUGCCCCCAACUUUGAUAGCUUUGUAGACUUUAACAAGAAUUUCCAGAUCCGCUCCAUCCGAAACAUCGAGGAAAACAUGCGCGAAGACCCCGAUGAGGAGGCCUUUACCCGGAGCAACAGUGUGCGGCGAAGGGCCCCGGAACCCAUGGCGUUGGACGCGCAGAAGCGGAGUUUCCACCGCGAAGCAGUUCCUCGGCGCAUCGAAGACGAGUUUUUGGAGAAUUACUUGGAAUACAGUCGUCUCCACGGCGAAAUAGACGAGGGUUCCAGCAUCACGGACACUGCCGACUUGCCCAACUUUGAGCUAAAGCUUGAUGCAAACGCCGCGUGGAACAUCGGGGCGCGGCCCGAGUUUGGCCGAUCGGCAGUGAAGAAGCUCUUUGCCAAGCUCGAGGGCACGCCACCAGAGGUUUACGAGCAUUAUAAAAUGCAGAACGAGCACUUUACCUAUUUCUAUACCAAGCACCCCGGACUCUCGGCGACAAAUUUCCUCGUGGAUGUCCCGAAUUACUACCAGCUAAGGGAGGACGAAGAGACCCGACUGAACUUCCAGAAACGGGUGGAGGUGGUAGCAGUGUUCCGGCCCUGCGACACUGGUUUUAGCCGCAAACUCAAGCUGAAGUAUUCGAACAUGUUGAAGUCGGAUGAGAAGAAGUAUCUUAUGCCUGAGGGCGAGAUGCCAGACGAGAAAGACAGGAUGAAGUACUACCGGUUGGCCGAUGGCGUGACAGUGUCAAAUCCUGUGGAUGAUUGUCCGAAUAAGAACAAGCUCGGGUGGGUAACAGUGUUUAAUAACGAUAUUUUGAAGGAUCCAGGGAUGUUUGAAUUGGUAUUAGCAUUGACCCUUAGUGUGGGAUAUGGGCAAUAUAUUGAUUCUAUCUAAUCGACAACAUCAAUUCCAUUUAUUUUAAAACGUGGGCCAAUUAUGAUCAACGCAUAUUAAAAUACGAACCAGAAACGAAAUAUAACGAUAUAUAAAAUACCCCCUUUUUUCUUGCUACGGUUAUAGGACGCAUAUAAAAG